AUGCGCUACGUUACUGUUGGUUGGCUAGGUGCCAGCCUGCUCGCAGCACUCUCCGGUGCCACCGCCCUCAAUAAGCGCGCCGCAAUAGACGACUGUCUUCAGAGUGCCUCCGUCCCCGUUGACACGCCAGGCUCCUCUGACUGGAAAGCCGAUGCGGCACCUUACAAUCCUCGCCUGACUUAUACACCUGUCGCCAUUGCGGUACCUACCAAAGCAGAGCACAUACAGUCCGCCGUCUCAUGCGCCGCGAAAGUAGGUCUGAAAGUCAAUGCUAAAUCUGGCGGGCACAGCUACGCAUCUCUCGGCUUCGGUGGUGAAGAUGGACAUCUGAUGGUGCAGCUGGACCGGAUGUACAAUGUCACAUUGAACAAGGCCACGAAUAUAGCUACGAUUCAGGCAGGCGCAAGAUUGGGACAUGUGGCCUCCGAACUGUAUAACCAGGGACAAAGGGCGUUUGCACAUGGGACUUGUCCCGGUGUCGGUGUUUCCGGCCAUUCGCUUCACGGUGGCUUCGGAAUGAGCUCACAUUUACACGGUCUAGCUCUGGAUUGGAUCUCGGGUAUGACCGUAGUCCUAGCAAAUGCAACACUCGUACACUGCUCCGAGACCGAGAACCCGGAUCUCUUCUGGGCGAUGCGAGGUGCCGGAUCUAAUUUCGGUAUCGCAACGUCGUACGAGUUCAACACCUUCGCGGCGCCUUCUAGCGUAACGUGGUUCACUGCGUCGCUGCCACUCACGAAAGCAAACGGUGUUGCGGGACUGGAGGCGCUCGAAGACUUUGUGAAGAAUACGAUGCCUGCGGAGUUGAAUAUGAGAAUAUUCGCGUCAUCUGCAUUCACCCAGCUUGAGGGACAAUUCUUUGGUAAUGCUACAGGGCUCGGGACAGCCCUGGCGCCGCUUCUGGCCAAGACGGGCGGAUCUAUUCAACAGUCGCAAAGCACAGGAUGGCUAGACGCACUGACUCAUUAUGCCAAUGGCAAGUUGGAUGUCACUCACCCAUACUCACUGCAAGAGACGAUAUAUGCCAAGAGUUUGGAGCUAACUGGCUUAAACGGUACUGCUGCAAAAAACUUUGUUAACUAUUGGUUUGAUACCGCAAAAAACAUGCAAUCGCGGUCCUGGUACUUCCAACUUGAUAUGCAUGGUGGCAAGAGCUCCGCGAUCACCACAGGCAACCAUGCCUCGUCGUCAUACGCCCACCGUGAUAAGCUGUAUCUCAUUCAAUUCUAUGAUCGUCAGUACAGCGGCGCUUAUCCAGCAAACGGUUACUCGUUUCUCGAUGGCUGGGUAGCAACAACUACGGCAGCUUUGGCGAAGCCUGACUGGGGCAUGUAUAUCAACUACGCCGACUCAAGUCUAAGUCGGGCCGUUGCACAGGAUGUGUACUACGGGGCGAGCUUACCAAGACUCCAGCGCAUCAAAGCAGCUGUUGAUCCUAAAGAGCUAUUCUAUUAUCCUCAAUCUAUCCAACCAAACGCUACGGCAUAAGAAGUCAAGUAUCUCUAGAUUUAGAUUAAAUGAAAGAUCGUAUAUAUAAUCCAAUAACAUUCAUUUUUCAGUGUAUCCGUGUCUUCGUGUAUUGUACGUGCGCAAAGUUUGAAAUGCGGUCCUGAAAGUCAGGAGAUUUCCUUUAAACCCUGAACAAGACCGACGAAGGCUUCUGACAAUGGAUGCUCCCCGAGGAUUCCAACCACAAGAUCCUAAGUAUCUUAAACACCAAACUUUCAAUAGCCGGCAUCUCUAUACUGUGCAAUGAAUGGAAUAGAACGCCAGGUAUAGAGAUCUGCGAGUGUAUCCUGGAUGCGACGAGACCCAUCCAAAGAAAGUACCCGGAUAAGAGAGGUAAAUGGAAUCCUCGAUAUAUGAGGGGCUCACUACAAAAAUUACACACCCAUCUCAGCAGAAUCCAAAGCCCAUGCCUUUUAUAUUGUAGUUGGGUUUCUAGACCCAGGCCAUACAAUAUGAC